AUGUCCCGGCUGCUGCCGCUGCUGGGGAGCCGGACGGCGCGCAGCCUGAGGCCGGGCCCUGCCGCCUCGCCCCGCCCGCCGUCCUGGUGCAGCUGCGGCCGGGAACUGCUGGCUCUCGGGGUCCCUGGCAGUCCCCGGCUUCUGGGCACACACCCCAAGAAGGAGCCCAUGGAGGCGCUGAACACGGCGCAGGGCGCGCGCGACUUCAUCUACAGCCUGCACUCCACCGAGAGGAGCUGCUUGCUCAAAGAGCUGCACCGCUUCGAGUCCAUUGCCAUCGCACAAGAAAAAUUGGAAGCUCUACCACCCACUCCAGGACAGCUGAGAUAUGUAUUCUUCCACAAUGCGAUACCUUUCGUGGGGUUUGGCUUUUUGGAUAAUGCAAUUAUGAUUGUUGCAGGAACUCAAAUUGAAUUGUCUAUUGGAAUUAUUUUGGGAAUUUCUACAAUGGCAGCUGCUGCUUUGGGAAAUCUUGUUUCAGACUUAGCUGGACUUGGCCUUGCAGGUUAUGUUGAGGCCUUGGCAUCCAGGUUAGGCCUCUCAAUUCCUGAUCUUACACCAAAGCAAGUUGACAUGUGGCAAACACGUGUUAGCACACAUUUGGGCAAGGCUGUUGGGGUGACUAUCGGCUGCAUUCUAGGAAUGUUCCCUUUGAUUUUCUUUGGAGGAGGAGAAGAGGAUGAAAAACUGGAAACAACAAAUUAAUCAUCUUAGAACACCUAUAAAAAGAUGUAAACUAAUGUACCUCAGUCAUUAAAUAUACUGUCACAACAUUUAGCAGUGAGGACAGUAACAGUGUAUAGAUACGGGAUCAAAUAAUUCAGCAUGUAUUAUGGAAACACUAACUUAUUGUGGCUUGGCCUUCUUAAGACAUCUUUUUAAAAACUAUUUAGUAUCAUUUUAUGUAAAUUGUUGAGAUGCUUUUCAUCAAUGGCAGUCAACAUGUUACCUUUUCCUUCUAUGUAUCAAGAUAUUAUUUAACUUUCAGUCAUUGACUGUACUGUACUGACCUGGAGUUUGCUUAUUUGUUAUAUAACAUGCACGGGAAUACCUAUUUAUGUUUUUAUUUUUUUUCCUGAUGGUUAUAAUUCAAUGCUGAGAUUUCUCCAAAUUAUUAAAGAUGUUUAAUAUCAGUUAAAAUUUUAAUUCCCUGCCUGGGGGCAUGUCUUCUGUGUUAUUUCACAGUAAACAUUUACAAUCAUAUAAAUUCAUUCAAUUUUUAAACUUUCACAUCUAUCUAAAAUGAGGCAGUGUUUUAAGUAUAUCUGAUUCAUUGUAAUUUUGAGCCACGCUGUCUUAAGUGCCAGAGGUUAAUCAGAAAGAACAAUUCUCUGGCCUCUCUUUUACAUGAACCAUACAUGCUAACAAGUGUACUUAUUUCUGAUUGGCUUUUUACCUUUAGUUUCCCAACUUUGAACAAUCACACGGUGAUUUCUGGUUUGUGAGAGAAAGGCAGUGCUUGGACACUUCCUGGCUUUUAAAAUAGGGGUUAAGAGAGUAGGGUGAACUAAGAAAUUUAUAAUGACAUUUUGAAAUUAGGCUAAUUUUUUUUUUUAUAGAAAUAGAAAGUAGAAAUUUUCAAAGAGGUCUAUAGAGUGGAUGACAAAGUUCAAGUGGUAUUUGGAAGGUUCAUGAAACACCAGUUCUAUUAUUUGGGAAAGAUUUUUUUUUCCCCGAAAGUGUUAUUGUCUCAUGGAAUGGAAUGAGUCUAAAUAUCCCGUGCUCAGAAUCCUAAUCUCAUUAGGUCUUGCUUUGUGACUUUUUUCUGGAUGAGUAUUUUAGAAACAGCGUGCAUUUCUAUUUGCUGUCUAGUCUGGGCAAAUCUAACACAAGGAGAGACCCUUUCUCUCGUUUUUGGGCUUUUUCCUUUUGUGGUCAUUAGAACACAUGGUUGGCGAGAGCUGCUUGCGUCUGAGUUGUAUGUCUGACGUACACACGGUCCUGAGAAUCCUGAGGUUUAGUGUUUGAACCCCCUUUUCUCAUUUGCUCUGGUACACAUGUAAAAGUGUUACAUGAGUAACAAUUGAACAAUUGAACAUAUGGAAGAGAGAAACUGGAGUUAGACUUUAACCCUUGGGGAAUUAAAGUUACUUCUGUUUGCUCAGUGAAUGGAAAGGACAAGCUUCACAUGACUACGCUUUCUAAAUCUUAUUUAGGAGUUCUGUUUGCACACAAUUACUUUGGGCUCCUUUUAAAGAGGAAUUCUUUUUCGCAGGAAAGCAUGUCACAUAUCAUUUCUUUUGCACUUUGGGAUGAUUUAGUCCUGUUCAUUUAUCAUAGAAUUUAAGGAAAAAUAGCCUAAAAAUUUAAAAACAUCAACUUCUCAUAUACACAAGUAACAUUCUCCUCGAUCAAUUUAGCAUCACGUGACGUGAGGUGGCAGACAUAUUCAUCUUUUGUAUCUUUGUCCUCAUGUCAUACGGACAGCAAGCACAGGGUUCCAGGACGAUAGGAUACAAUGCAUAUUUUAUUUUCUGUGUAAACGUGUUAAUGUUGUUUUCCUUACCUUGUGCAUUAGUGGCUUUUCUUGUCUUUAUUUUUAAGUUUUGUAUUGUGGUGCUUAACUUUUCUUCUUAUUAAAUACCAAGAAACUUGUCUUGGAGCUUAGAAAGCACUUCUGAUUGUUGAUUUCCUUUUUCUUUCUCUUGAAAAACCUCCUAGUCCUUACUACCAGAAUUUCUGUUAACAGAAUUAUGCCAGUUUCGUUAAAAACUUCAGCUGUGGAAGGUGUAACUUUCAUAUGAAAGACGUUCUAAUUUUCAAUCAUAAUUUUUGAAUCAUAUUUAAUCAAUAAAAUUCUUUGAAUCAUUACAAUAAGUUUCAAAAACAGACAAACAAAAUUAAGUCUCUCUGUGUUCAACCAAAGGUAUCUCAAACGCCAGCUCUGACCUGACAUGGUACUUUGCACAGUGUGAUUUCUGAAGGUGGCUCCCUUUAAGUUAAUGACUCCGUAAGAUCCAUGUUCAGCGGUUUUCACCACAGAGAAUCUGACGCCAGCUGAAACUGGACUGCCCUGUUCUCAUAGCAGCUGUUUUCUGUCAGCAUUAGAGCUACCACAAACUGUAUCAUGAGCUGCUGUAGUACUGGUCAGAACCCAUGUUGUUUGUGUAUUAUGAUUUAUUGACUUGUUGAUGCAUGUAUACCGGGUGCAUUUUGUGGCCUCUGUAUGUUACAUAGUGACCAAUGUUUUUACGAAAAGAAUUGAACAAAAAAUAUCUUUUAAGACACUU